GUUUGGGGUUUUGUACAAAAAUUGAAACCAUUCAGAAAUCAAUAUGAAAAAAACCUCUUACCAUGUACGGUGGAUUCACCAUCCGACGAACUUGAUACCGAAGAAAAAUCUGGUAUCAAAGAACAUGGAAAUGCUUCAAUAUUAAAACGACUCGAUAACUUAGAAAAAUUUCUUCAAUUCUAUAUUGAUACUUCAUGCUAA